GUAUGUGGAAAUAGAUUGUCAUUUUCUCACAUGCCUCCAACUUUGAAUGUGUAUAUAUAAGUGUAAGUGGUUUCCUCAAAUUUCAAAGCAACCUAGCAACAAAUACUCUCAGAGGUUCUUCGAUUUCAUUAGAACCAUGGGAGCAGGAGGUCGAAUGAAUGAAUCCGAAACAAAAAGAGAUGUCUUCAAACAUGUCCCUGUCGAGAAACCUCCAUUCGGAAUCGCUGAUGUGAAGAAGGCAAUACCACCACACUGUUUCAACCGAUCUCUUUCAACCUCUUUCUACUACCUUAUCCGCGAUUUAUGCUUCGUCUUUUCUCUCUAUUAUAUCGCAAACAAUUACAUCACCCUCCUCUCUCCACCCUUCUCAUACAUAGCAUGGCCAAUUUACUGGUUCUCUCAAGGAAGUGUCAUGGUGGGACUAUGGAAUAUUGUCCAUGAUUGUGGUCAUCACUCCUUUAGUGAAUAUCCAUUGAUUGAUAACACCAUUGGCCUCAUUUUCCACUCACUUGUCCUCACACCCUACUUCUCUUUCAAAUACAGCCACCGUACUCACCAUGCCAACACUAGUUCACUCGAAAAGGAUGAAAACUGGGUCCCCAAACUCAAGAAUGAUACAUGGUUUGUUGAGUUGAUAGCCAACCCUAUAGUCAAUGUGUUCCUGGUCCUAUUUAGGUUAGUUUUCGGGUACUUCGGGUACUUUUUGUUCAACCUUCAUGGCAGGAUAUACAAAGGCUUCCCAAGCCACUUCAACCCACUUGGUCCUAUCUUCAAUGACAGCGAACGCGCUCAAGUUUUCCUAUCCGAUAUCGGGGUUGGUGUUGUUGCCUAUGGCCUUUACCGAAUCGGGACAAAAACUGGUUUCCAAUGGCUACUUUACAUGUAUGGUUACCCCUUGUUGGUUAUGUGUGCGCUUUUCAUAUUGUUCACUUAUCUAAACCACAACCACCCUUCGGUGGCUCACUAUGAUGCAAGAGAAUGGGAUUGGUUGAGAGGGGCUUUAGCUACUGUUGAUAGAGAUUAUGGGAUUUUGAACACUGUCUUCCAUGAUGAACCUAAUGCUCAUGUGGUUCACCAUUUGUUCUCCUCCAUUCCCCAUUAUCAUAUUGUUGAGGCAACACGUGCGGUCAAACCUGUCUUGGGUGAGUACUAUAACUUUGAUGAUACUCCAAUUGUAAAGGCAGUUUUUAGAGAGACAUAUAACUGUCUCUUUAUUAAAGAAGACCCUGAGAAAGAAGGUGUUUACUGGUUCAGUAAGUAGAUGUCGCAUGUGUGAAAAAUAAAUAAAAGUUUAUGUGAGUUUUAAAGAUGUUGUUGGGCUAUGAUUUGCUAUCUAAAGCACUUUUCUUCCUAUUGCAGUAAUUAACAUAUGUAUAUUGUCUAGUUUUGUGAGAAAAAUAUAUAUAAUGUGUCAAUUAGUGUUAA